AGCAUGCGAGCCAGCCGCGCGUUCUCGUCGGUGACGCGGAGCGUGUUUGCCCAUGCGCCGCCGUCGCUGGACCACGUGUGCAUUGUCUGCAAGGACGUGCGCAAAUCCAUCACGUUUUACGAGCGCGUCUUGGGGGCUCGCCACCUCUACAAGGACGACCCCAACUUUGGCGUCGACCCGGCCUUUCUCCAGAUUGGCUCGGCGCAGGUGGCGCUCUUGCCGCUCGCAGCCGGCCAAACGCAGAUCCGAGACCACAACGGAGCGCAUUUCGCCAUGACCUGCAAGGACGCCAACGACUUUGCGACCAUCAAGGCGUCCUUGUCGAGCGACUUGGCGGCGCAUGGCACGAACGCCCAUGUGCAGUUCGAAGACUAUGGCCGGCAGUUGUCGCUCUUCUUCAGCGACCUCGACGACAACAUUCUCGAGAUAACGCAUUGGAAGACUUCGUAGACGCAUGACGUGGCACGCUGUACGCACGCUCAUGCCCUCGAACGCGAAUGUGCCCGUCACGCGUGCUUUUUGUUGUGUGUAUUUUGGUGUGGGG